AUGUAUAAAUUAAUAGUUUUUUUAAUUUUUGUAAUUUUAGCAAUUAAUAAUGUAAAUGCCUUUUUUAAUGGCAAAGUAUUUAUUAUGGAAACCUACGAUAGCGAUGAUUGUUCAGGUGAAGUAAAAAUUCAUAGAGCUUUAAUGUAUCAUAAUAGAAAUUGGACAUUUCAAACUGUUUGGGAUGAACAUUAUAGAAAUAUGGACUGUAGUGCAACAAACCCAGAUUUAAUUAAAAAUAAUGCCAGUUGUGUAUGGUCAAAUUGUUUUUGUGACAAUGAUUCAUGUAGAACCUAUUUUCAAGUGGGCCAAUGUAUAAAAGAAGAGAAAUUUGGAAUAAGUAAUAAAUUAGUAUACAAAAAAAUUAACUAUGACGAAAGAAACUAUUGUACUUUUAACGAGGGAUUUUAUUUAGUGGGGGAUGAUGUUCCAUUGGGAUUGACUAUAUAUAAAAAGAAUUAUUGUUAUAAAAACAUUGCAUAUAUUGAAUGCGAUCUAUCUCACACCGGAAUCAGAUAUUGUAAAGAUGAUGAACAGAUUGUAAAGUUUUCAAGUGGAUCAAUUGUGGUACACAAUGAGGAGUGUGGUUAUUCCGAAUUAAUGUUUGGAAGUGCAGGUUGGUGGGAUAAUAUGCUAAGAGAUGAACCAUACUUUUUAAAAAAUAAAAAGAGUCCAAGAGAUAUAAUAACUAUUUUAAUUAUAAUAUAA